AUGGGUUCUGCCGCAAGGAGAUGGGUCUACCUUCCCCUGGGCUGCAUCAUGCUGUUCAAUCUCACGAACGCUAACUUUGAGUUUCAAAAGGGAGUGCUUGCCAGCAUCAGCGCGGGCAUCACAGAAGAUGUGGAUCUUCAGUGCUGGAACGCAUGCUCGCUGACACUCAUAGACCUCAAGGAACUCAAGAUAGAGCACAACGUGGAUGCCUUCUGGAAUUUCAUGUUGUUCUUGCAAAAAUCUCAGCGGCCUGGGCAUUAUAGUAUCUUCUUAAACAUAGCCCAAGACUUCUGGGACAUGUAUAUAGACUGUUUGCUUUCAAGGUCUCACGGAAUGGGCAGAAGACAGGUGGUAUCUUCCAAAUAUAAUUUUCUACAGAAAAUGACAAAAGGUGAUUUAAAGGUUUACCUUCGGAAGUAG